CGAUUCACACCAUCAUUUGAUGUUGUUCUCCCGGGCAUAAUAACCGUCUCUUGUUCACACCUUUUAUUACGCAUCAGUACACUUUGCUUCAAACCAUCUAGGCACUCUUAUUCAAUCCUUUGACACUCAGAACCAAGCCAUGCCCAUCGCAGAACUCUUUCUUGGUGCCUUUCUUCAGGUGCUGUUUGAUAGGUUGGCCUCUCACAAUCUGCUCAACUUUGCACGGCACGAGGGGAUUGAUACACGGUUGAAGAAAUGGGAAAAGAUGCUGAUCGAAAUCCACGAGGUGCUGGAUGAUGCAGAGGACAGGCAACUGAGCGGACAUCUCGGAGUGAAGUCAUGGCUUGAAGAUCUUAGGAACUUGGCCUAUGACAUCGAAGACUUACUUGAUGAGUUCGCCACAAAAUCCAUUGAAAGCAGGUUUAAGGCAGAAUCCGGCACUAAAAAGGUGAGUUCCCUUCUUCCGAGUUGUUGCUUCAGAUUGAGCCCAAGAGCGUUUAUGCUUGACCACAAAAUGAGAUCCAAUAUAGAAGAUAUGGAUGACAGAUUACGGGAUAUCAUAACUCGGAAAGAUAGUCUUAGCUUGAGAGAAAAUAAUGGGCAGCGAUCAGCACAUGGCCCACUGGAUAAGCCCCUACCCACUACACAUUUGCCCGAGCCUUGUUUCGUUAGUAGGGAGGUAGAAAAAAUGGAGAUCAUCAGAUUACUAAUCACAGAAGAACAUGAUAGAACGUAUGCAGAUAUAAAUGUGAUUCCCAUAGUAGGGAUGGGGGGUGUUGGAAAGACAGCUCUAGCCCAACAAGUCUACAAUGAUGCUAGAGUCACCAACUAUUUUGAGGUGAAAGCAUGGGUUUGUGUUUCUGAUGAGUUCGAUGUGCUUGCUGUUACAAAGAGAAUCUUUGAGGCAACCAAUGACCAUUCAUCUUGUGAAUGUAAGGACUUGAAUUGGCUUCAAGAUAAGCUCAAGGACAACCUUUUUGGGAAGAAGUUUCUUGUCGUGUUAGAUGAUGUUUGGAACGAGAAAUAUGGAAAGUGGACUACCCUCUUGAAGCCUCUUCAAUCGGGAGCAAAGGAAAGCAAGAUCAUCAUCACGACUCGUAACCUCCAUGUUGCUUCAAUAGCUGGUGCUCCCCCGAAAAUUCUUAAAGAGUUGUCACUAGAUGCUUCUAUGACUUUGUUCACAUUUCAUGCUCUAGGAGUCAGAAAUUUCGAUCGUCAUCCCGAUCUUCAUGAAUUAGGUCAGAAGAUAGUGGAAAAAUGCAAAGGAUUGCCAUUAGCCGUGAAGACAUUAGCUGGGAUAUUACGCACUGAAGUUAGUCCCCAUAAAUGGAGAACUAUAUUGAACACCAAAAUUUGGGACCUACCGGAAGAAAGAAAUGAGGUCCUUCCAGCUUUGAAACUUAGCUAUCUUAAUCUCCCUUCCAAGCUGAGAAGAUGUUUUGCUUACUGUGCUAUAUUUCCCAAGGAUUAUGAAAUCAAACGAGAUGAGUUGAUUCACUGGUGGAUUGCAGAGGGCUUGGUGAAGGCAAAAGAAGGAAAAAACUGUUGGAAUGAAGGUUUGGAUUAUUUCAAUGAGCUAGUAGCUAGAUCAUUAUUUCAAAAGUCAAGCAACAAUGGAUCACGAUUCUUGAUGCAUGAUCUUGUGAAUGACUUGGCAAAGCUAGUUGCGGGUGUAACCUAUUUUAGCUUAGGGGAGUUGGAGUUUGAGGGUGACCAAAACAAUUCAUCUUUAGCUCGUCACGCCUCAUUCAUUCCCAGCGAUCUUGUUGUGUCGGAAAGAUUGAAGAUAUAUCAUGGAAUGGAGGGACUUAGGAGCUUCAUAUCAUUAGAGAAGCAAUAUUGUACUUCCUUUGUGUCCCAGAAAGUGCUAUGUGACUUGUUGUCGGGAUUGAAGUACUUGAGGGUGCUUUCAUUAAGUCACUAUAACAUUAGAGAGGUACCAGAUUGCAUCGACAAACUAAUGCACCUAAGGCAUCUCAAUCUAUCGUACACUGAUAUUGAAAGGCUUCCAAAGUCAAUUGUCACAUUGUACAACCUAGAGGCUUUGAUGUUGCGUAGUUGUCAAUACCUUAUUGAAUUACCUAACAAUAUGGAGAAACUUGUCAAUUUAAGAUUUCUUGACAUCACCAACACUUGGAGCCUAAGAGCAAUGCCGUUGUAUAUAGGUAAUUUGGUUGGUCUUGAGAUGUUGUCUAAGUUUGUAGUGGGAACAGAAAAUGGGUCGAGGUUGAAGGAGUUAAAAAACCUAAAGAACCUUGGCGGGGAAUUGUGUAUCUUUAAUUUGCAUAAGGUUCGAGAAGCUGAAGAUGCCAAGGAUGCUAACUUACCCCAGAAGGAGGGAAUAUGCCGGUUGACCAUGCAAUGGAGUGAAGAUUUUGAAAAUUUCUGGAAUGAAGAGCUUGAAGCAAAGGUCCUCGACUUUCUUCACCCUCACCAAAACCUCAAAAGUCUCACAAUAUCCUACUACAAAGUGGCCUAG